AUGACUAGGACGCCUAGGAGAGCUGGAAUUAGCUACAUUAGGAAUAAUAAUGGUUGUAGAGCCACAUUCUUCAAGCGGCGUGCUGGGCUUUACAAAGCUGCCGCUGACUUGUCCACCCUCACUGGCACAAGAAUUGCUAUCAUGCUACAAUCUGAGAAUGGAAAGAUGUCCUCUUUCGGCACUCCAUCGGCUAGUGCUAUCGCCAAUUCUUUCCUUUCAGGGGAUGCACAAGUAGAUCCAUUCGUCAACCAGGUACAAAAAGACAAAAUCACCCUUUUGCGGAAUGAGCUAUUCAUGGUGGAGAAAGAGAAAGCCAUGGAGGACAAGAGGACAAAGGAGAACACUGCACGAGUCAAAGAGCUUUGUGCGAUCUCAAGGAAGGUUAAGCUUGUCUAUAGCAAGGUAGAGGAUCUCAAUGUUGAGGAGCUCAGGCCGGGGGUGCACAUCAAUAGUAACAUCUUACAACCAUCCUCACAAUCCUCUCUGAUAUCUAUGCUACAACCACCACCUUCAUCAUUAGCGCAGAUUACGUUCUAUAAUGAACUUCCUCCUCCAUCAUUGUUGCAACAACCGCCAACUUUGUUGCCUCCAGAACCCGAGCUUCACCCAGCAACACAGCCUGAAAACCAUGCAAGCAUCGAAGACUUCACUGCUACUCACCCAUUUCCCAUUCAUCAAUGGCCUUCAUCUAUUCAAUCUGAUGGGCCAUAUUUUGAUGCUUGUAUGGAUUGA